CCCCAUUAGGGUUACAAGCCUUUUAAAUAGAGAAAACAAAUCCUAAUCAGAAUAGGAAAUUAACACCCUAAGUCCUAAACCUAAUAACCACGAAUUGGGCUUCAAAUAAGCGAAUGUUCAGCCCAAAAAUAAUACAAAAAACGUGAAAAUCACUAAAAAUAACCUAAAAUAACACAAAAUAUUAGUUUGCUACAAAUUACGGCAGAAUUGUGCGAUUUUGACGCAAACUGUGUAAUUUAGCAUAUAUGACCUCAACUAAGCUUCUCUUGAACCUGAAUGAUGUUUACCAUGCCUUGAUAAUCAUCCAAGCUUCGAUUUGCUUGUUGUAUGUUGUUUUCAACCCAGAUCUGCUCAAUAAGAUCUGCUCAAUAAGGCCAUUUAAAGCUUCACGCAUCUUCUUGGCUCUAGCUUGCGUGACUGGACUUCCUUGGGUGUGUAAUGGAUCACAUGAUGUGGUAGAUAUGCUGUCGUCUUGAUUCCCAUCAACUUUCUAAUAACACUUUGUAAAUCUC